UCCUCCACAGCAUCCUCACUAUCGCAGGAUAUUCCACAACACGGAAAAUGGCGCUCAUCCCUUCCCAAAUCCUGAGAGUAGCGAUCCUCUUGUCCUAUUUCUCCAUCAUCUGCAAUUAUAAAGCCAUAGACAUGCCCGCGCACCAGACAUACGGCGGUAGCUGGAAGUUCCUAACGUUCAUAGAUUUGGUCAUACAGGCUGUGUUCUUUGGUGUGUGUGUCCUGACGGAUCUCUCCAGCCUCUUGACCAAAGGUGCUGCCAGUAUGGAGCAGGAAAGGCAGUUACAGAAGCUGAUUGGCCUGCGUGAUUGGAUGAUGGCCGUGCUGGCCUUCCCUGUGGGAGUGUUUGUGGUGACCAUGUUCUGGACCCUGUACCUAUAUGACAGAGACUUGGUGUACCCAAGACUCCUGGACAGUUUCAUACCACAGUGGCUUAAUCAUGGAAUGCAUACAACAGUGCUCCCUUUCGUCAUAAUCGAGAUGAGAACGACACAUCAUCAAUACCCCAGCAGGCUCUGCGGACUGUUGGCUGUGUGCAGCUUUGCUCUUGGCUAUGUUCUGUGGAUGUGCUGGGUGCACAGCGUAACAGGCUUCUGGGUGUACCCGCUUCUGGAACACAUCGGACCCUGGGCUAGGCUCGUCUUCUUCAGCGGCCUCACAGCACUCAUUAGCCUCUACUACAUCCUGGGAGAGGUCCUCAACAGCUACAUCUGGGACUCAAGGAGUGCUACAGAGUCCAGCAAGGAUAAAACUGACUGAAUAUGCCACCACUGGGAAGUGGCACCUUAGGACUGUUCUCCCAUUACCUCUUCUCUUUGGACUCUGAGCAGCGUAUCUGACUCAGGAAAGUUGAUCGAUAAUCAGCCAACAGUAAAAUACUGGACAAAUUAAUGCUCAUCUUCUCCCUGUUUUAUUCAAGCCCAUAAGACAUUGUCCUCUACUUUAUCUUAAGAAAGCACAGGUAUUAUAGACAAGCUCAGCCAUACCUCAAGCAUGAAUGUAUGAAUCAGAGUUACUGUCUCUGCAUAUGUUCGAAGGUCCUAUGUUUACUGCACUGUGUUUCGUGUACUUGGUCAUGAAGGUUUGAGUGAUAGCUUGUGAUUUCUUACACAGCUGAUGAGCACACAGUCAGGUGAUGUUGAACAUAUACACAACGUCUUUGUGCUUUGUGAAGAACCGAGUAAGCAAGCAUGUAUAAAAGCUUAAAAGAGUAAUAAUGGUUAUAAGAAUAAUAAUGGAUACAAGAGUAAUAAUAAUUUUGUGUGGUUUACUUGUCAGUUGUCUAUUACUCACAGCACAGUCUUUACAUAAUAAUGGAAAUAACCUGCAUUCUUGCCUGAAGGGUUUGGCUGGUCGGCUGUGCUGAGUUAUUUAUAUUUGUGUGUGUGUAUAUAUAUGUGUGUAUAUAUAUAUAUAUAUAUGUGUGUGUAUUUCUCCACAGACUUUCAUUCAAAAUUAGCAGCUCUUUCUAAUUGAAUAUAUUUUCCAGUUGUAUUUCAGUCUAAAUGUGUUUAAUGUUAAUAAUUAUUUUAUCCAGUGAUCAAUUGAUCAAGGAACAUCAAAAAAAUAAUAAUAAUAAUUUUUUCCAUCUUCUGGCUCGAGCGUUAUAGUUCAUAUAUGGGUGGAGCUAACCAGAUAAACCUGACCGGUCGAACCCUUCAUCACUGCUCAUAAACAAACCUGCCUGUUGUCACAGCUACUGUCCGUGACAUCAGACAAUCAGCAUUGGGGCGACAUUUCUCAGCACUAAGUCACAUGUUUCUUAGUCACAGCUCAAGACUCUGGCUCAAACCUGUUUCCCAGAAAGUCAGUCCUCAUCAAGCAAAGAUAGCAGUAUUCAGGACACAUGUCUACAUGUGUUUGUAAGCAAAUCCCAUUGACAUGAAUAGAGGCUAAUACUAAAAGCUUCCUCCCUGUAAUGACCCUGUAAUGCCCCCAUGGUUUGACCUAAAUAAGCAAGCCAUCUCCUUGAUACAUUACCUUCUCUGAGAGUUUAAUUCCCCUCACCAUGCCACAUUUCUUACUUACUCAGUAAUGUUUUCUUAAUAGUAAUUCUAAAGUACUUUAACAGGAAUUAUACACAUUGUUUCUGUGUUAGACACUGGAGAAACCUUUGUUAGGUCUAGAGAAAUAUCUUCAUAGCAUCUGCCUCUUUGCAAAUAUGCCUCAAACACAAGGACAAGGCUGUAGCCUCUGUGUGCACAUGGGCAUGUUUGUUUACUAAUACAAAUGAGACAGAAUUCAGCAUUAGACUUCGUGACUGACAGCUUGCCGAUAGAAGGUGUGAAGGUUUCCAGAGCGGAUGGAAAUGGCUGUGAAUGUGAAUCAUUCUUUAGAGCUUUGGCCCUUUCUGCCUCUCUGCUUCCCUGUUCAGUCCUGCACACAACACCGCUCCCUGGGGAAACGCAUCCGAGUCCCGCUUCAGUCCCGCACACAACACCGCUCCCUGGGAAAAGCACACCAGCCAUUCAAUUAAGGGGGAAAAUGGCUGCCUGUAUGAUUUAAUGUUGGUCCCUUGUUGUUUCUGGCCUUCUUGCCUGUGCUGUGGCAGACACAGGCGCUGCCCAAGCAAAACAACCCCUCUGUGCUGCACUGGACUUCCCCUUAAUGAGAAACACACAUUCCAGGCCUGCAGAGGAAAGAGCUGAACUCUGCAAGAGAGAACAAUCACCUCUGAAUGGACGUGUCCAAGUAACCAGGCCUUUUGGACUUCAGUAUUAUCCUGUCUCUAAGCCACAACCUGGUCCAAGAUGUGUUAAAGGACAUAACUGAACAGAGGAAAAUAACAUAAUAAAACAACAGAAAAAGGCAUAAUGUGUAUAUUAGGACUGUGUCUUAUCAGCUGUGUAUGUAAAUGUAUACAAGGAAGGUCUAAAUGUAGAACAUUGUCAUAACCUCAUAGUUCUUUCAGUUUGUCCAUAGACAUGUACCAUGCCAGAAUCAGCAAACACUCAUUACUCUCUAAUGUACAAAGAAAACCUGGAAAUGACCCACAUAUUCAGGCUGUUGGCUGUACACUACCUGCUCUUACCACAGAUGUUAGCUCUAGGCAGGCAGCAGAGGGCGCACUCCUAAGCUGCAACUUCUCCCUGGAGUAAAUGUCCCCCAUGUAUUUGCAUUGAUUUCCUGGUUUUUAAAGUUCUUUUGGAUACAUGACAGAACUAAAGUUUUUGUUAAUAUGUCUGCUUGCAUUCUGUAUAGAACAAGCUUCUCGCAAUAUAAUUAAUUUUUUGUUUAAAAAUUAAAACAAUAAACCCAAA